AUGGCUGGCAGGCAGGAGAAGAGCUACUUCGACGUGCUGGGCAUCUGCUGCCCGUCGGAGGUGCCGCUGGUGGAGAAGCUCCUCGAGCCGCUCCCCGGCGUGCACAAGGUCACCGUGAUCGUGCCCUCCAGGACGGUGAUCGUCGUGCACGACGCUGCCACCAUUUCCCAGGCCCAGAUAGUCAAGGCGCUGAACGGGGCGCGGCUGGAGGCGUCGGUGCGGGCGUACGGCGGCGGCGCGGACAAGAUCAACAAAUGGCCGAGCCCCUACGUGCUCCUCUGCGGGGUCCUUCUGGUCGCCUCUCUCUUCCAGCACUUCUGGCACCCGCUGAGGUGGCUCGCGCUCGUCGCCACGGCCGCCGGCCUGCCGCCCAUCGUCCUCAGAAGCGUCGCCGCCGCGCGGAGGCUCACCCUGGACGUCAACAUACUCAUGCUUAUCGCAGUCGGUGGGGCAGUUGCACUCAAGGACUACUCCGAGGCCGGCUUCAUCGUCUUCCUCUUCACCACGGCGGAGUGGCUCGAGACAAGGGCGAGCUGCAAGGCCACUGCCGGGAUGUCGUCGCUGAUGAGCAUGGCACCACAAAACGCUGUGCUAGCAGAGACGGGGCAGGUGGUCGUGGCGCAGGACGUGAAGGUCGACACGGUGAUAGCUGUGAAGGCGGGGGAGGUCGUUCCGAUAGACGGUGUCGUCGUCGAUGGGCGGAGCGAGGUCGACGAGCAGACCCUCACCGGAGAGUCCUUCCUGGUGGCCAAACAGACGGACUCGCAGGUCUGGGCCGGCACCCUCAACAUAGACGGCUACAUUUCUGUGAGGACAACGGCUAUGGCCGACAACUCGGCGGUGGCCAAGAUGGCGAGGCUGGUUGAAGAGGCCCAGAACAGCAGAUCAGAGACGCAGAGGCUGAUCGACACCUGCGCCAAGUACUACACUCCUGCGGUGAUCGUCAUGGCAGCGGCGGUGGCGGUGACGCCUGUGAUCGUGAGAGCGCACAACCUGAGGCACUGGUUUCAGAUGGCCCUGGUCCUCCUGGUGAGCGCCUGCCCAUGCGCUCUAGUUCUCUCGACGCCGGUCGCCACCUUCUGCGCGCUGCUCAAGGCCGCCAGGACCGGGCUGCUCAUCAAAGGUGGGGAUGUCCUCGAGUCCUUGGCCGGGAUCAAAGUCGCGGCUUUUGACAAAACUGGCACGAUUACAAGUGGAGAGUUCGCCGUCGCAGAGUUCCGGGCAGUCGUAGAACGUGUUGCAGAUCAACAGCUGCUCUACUGGGUGUCGAGCGUGGAGAGCAGGUCGAGCCACCCAAUGGCAGCUGCCCUUGUUGAUUAUGCUCGAUCAAACUCGGUGGAACCAAAAUCGGAGAAUGUCUUGGAAUUUCAGAUUUACCCUGGUGAGGGGAUUUACGGUGAAAUCGACGGACAAGGUGUAUACAUCGGGAACAAAAGGAUCUUGUCAAGGGCUUCAUGUGAAACAGUUCCAGAGGUAAAUGACAUCAAAGGGGUCACCGUUGGAUACGUGGCCUGCAACAAGGAGUUGGUCGGGCUAUUCGGCCUCUCGGACGUCUGCCGAACUGGAUCAGCCGAAGCCAUGAGGGAGCUGAGAUCAAUGGGCAUCAAGUCAGUGAUGCUCACAGGUGAUAGCACUGCCGCUGCCACCUACGCACAGAACCAGCUGGGAAAUGUUCUAGCCGAGGUUCACUCUGAACUGCUGCCGGUGGACAAGGUGCGGAUCGUCGACGAGCUCAAGGUGAGGGACGGCCCAACGCUGAUGAUCGGCGACGGCAUGAACGACGCCCCGGCGCUGGCCAGGGCCGACGUCGGCAUCUCGAUGGGCGUGUCCGGCUCGGCCGUGGCCAUGGAGACGAGCCACGUCACGCUCAUGUCCAACGACAUCCGCAGGAUCCCCAAGGCCAUCCGGCUGGCGAGGAGGACGCGCCGGACCAUCCUCACCAACAUCGUCUUCUCGGUCGCCACGAAGCUCGCCAUCGUCGGGCUCGCGCUCGCCGGGCACCCGCUCGUCUGGGCGGCGGUGCUCGCUGACGUCGGCACGUGCUUGCUGGUGAUCAUGUACAGCAUGAUGUUGCUGAGAGGGGGAGACGGUGGGAGGGGGAAGAAAUGCUGCGCUUCUUCUCACCAAGGGUCUCAUCUCUCACCCCGAGAAGCACGGCGGUCCGUGCAAAUCAGCAGGCGGCUGCGCAGGUUCGUCUGCUGGUGGCCAUGCUUGCGGCGAUGA